AGCUCAAACAUAUUUUUGGAUCCAUUCUUUUUUGAGACACUAGUUGAAGAUUCAAUCUGGCCCAAAAAGAAAUGUGUACAGUAGCGCAACAGUUGGGGUCCGUUUCGUCCGUCGAACUCACCUCACGCUGAGAUGCCGCGCGUGCGCCGUCCUGGGCUUCUUUUUCUUUUCUCCCGUCUCCUCCGCUCAGUUGUUGUACAUCCGUAAAUUGUUAUUACCUCACACCCGCGCAUUUUUUACGAGCCAAAAAAAGGAAAAAAAACAAAAAAACUCCCGAAAAAAAAGAAAAUCUUAACUUUUAUAUCUUUCUUUUUGAUCUGGCGAACAAAACUGUUGGAAAUCUUUCCACAAUUUCACCUUGUGUGACUUGACUAAAAAACAAAAAAUUACAACAGAAAUCUUUUUUUCUUUUUUCUUCUUUUGGUGGUGGUGGCUCGGAGCGUCGUCAUGGCCUCCUACCAAGAAGAAAAAUAAAAAAGAACUUGGUGGAUUUUUUUUUUCUGUGUGUUGUUGAGUGCCGCCCCAUCUUCAUUAUUCAACGGACAACAAACGCCGUGGUGGUGGUGGUGGUUGUCUUCGGCUUUUGUUUGUACGAGAAGAAAUAACUCUUUUUUCUUCUUCUUCUUUGGGUGGAAACAAAAAAAUUUUUGGGAGAAAAUCGGGGGACUUUUCUUCUUCUUCUUCUUCUUCGUGAUGUCGUUUUGUAUAAAUUUUUUUUUACAGCCGAAAAUUGUGUUGUUCUUGCGGUGGUGGCCAUUUUCUUUUCUUUUUUCUUUUACGACACGACCAAACGGCCGGCGACCACCAUAAAAGACACCACCACUUCACGAGGAAACACAACAAACAUCUUUUUCGUUUUUUCUCUCUCUCUCCUCUCCGGUUGACACACGUUGAGAAAGAUCCUCCCAAUCUUUGUCACCUCUCGGCGUGAGUAAUUUUCUUAUUUUUCGUGCGUGUAAGAUCCCCAAAAAAUAAAACAAAACAAAUCUUUUCCUUUUUUUUUCUGAUCACAAAAGUUCGCAGCUCGUGGGAAAAAUAGUGAAAAGUCAUCGGUUUCUUUUUUUCUAGGUUCCCAAAUUUUGAUUGGUAAAAAAAAAAGGGCGGUCAAGAUCGUGUUACAAAGCCGUUUUUUUAUUUUCUAGAAAUACAAAAAAAUCAGUUUAUCUAUUUUCAUUUUUCGAAAGAAAUAAAGAAGAAAAGAAAAGAGGUUGAAGAAGAAGAAGAUUCCGAUCGGGAUAAAGUUGUUGUCGAGACAAGGCAAAUAAUACUACAAGACGUAACUCACUCUCGAAGUCUCGAUUCGAAUGCCAGCCCCAAAAAAGUAGUGAUAACAUCUUUUGGCGGCGUCGCAAUUCCAUGCAACAAUAACACGCGCUCAACACGCUCUUUGUUAUCGCUUUUUUCUUUUACCCUUUGAUAAUUUCUACUUGUCGGAAUUUUUUUUUCAGCUUGGACGACAUUUUUAUCUCGUCCAAACUGUGGCGGCAAAUUUAAAUGUCGUGAAAUUGAGCAACUAGUUGAUUAAUGAGAAUUUACUUGAACUCGAUUAAAGGACGAAUGUAACUUGUUAAUAUACAGUGCCUUAGAGUUAGUAGGGGUGUCCCUUUUUUUCUUUUGUGUUUUAAAAAAAUAAUAGUUUUAUGGGGUCUCGUAACAUAAAACUAAGCAGAUGAUGAUGACAUUCAGUUCCGGUCGGGACGGACUUUCACUUAUUCCUUGUUUCUUAUUCUUAUUUGUUUCUUCUCGGAGGCCUGUUUGGUUUUAUAUUAGGCCGACCGGUGGUGAGUUGUAGUAUACCUGGUGGUGUGUAUGUGCAUAGGGUGGGGUGGUGGUGGGGGGAGAGAACAUGUUACCCCUUUUUUUGUUGUUCGUGAGCAAUGGCUUCCUUAUGGGAGGAAGGAAGGGGAACGAGUGAGUUAGGCGGAGCCUAUAUAGGAGAAAGGAAAAAAAAUAGAAUUUGAAUGGAGUGGCCUAUUCUUUUCUUCUUCUAAAGGGGAAAUAGAAAAGAGGAAAGGAUAGGACCAACCAGAAAAGAAAAAAAAAAGAAAAUUUUUUAUUUUCCAAACGGGAAGGAUGGGUAUCUAUCAUCGUGUGUGAGUGAGUGUGUCGCUCAGAGCGGGCCAGUAUAUGGCCGCCUGGGCCGCCGACACGACGUGUGCUGAUUAGCAAAAAAAAAGAAAAAGAAAAAAGUUGAUCGGAAAAUUGAAAAAGUUUAGUGCGUUUGAAAUUUCGCGCGUAAUAUUUUUGACGGUGCGUUUUACAGUGCGGGAUGGACGCUUCGAGUGCGCGCGCCGUCCGGUGAUUGUCUUAUUUCGAUUUCCAGUCAAACAAAAUGAUUGCCAUGAUUUCCAGUUUUUGUUAUCUGACUCGGCGUCGGGACGCCAAAUUUGUGAAUAUUUGAGCGACCUCAAUUCAAACUCAUUUUUUUGCCGCCAUUCCAAUAAAAAACAAUCGAAUCCGGUUCUGCAGGGAAAACCAUUUGAAUUUGAAAAAGAAAAAAAGAUUCGGGGCACGCGCAGAGCGAAGAAGAGGCCAACACUUGUCCGACGCAGCUUUUUCCGCGCAGCCUCAAAAGAGUUUCGUCCGCCUCUCUCUCCCCCCCUCCUCCUCCCCCACAAGCAGUAUAGAGAGAGAGGCCGUUUAUGUGUGAUCCCACCCACCUUACCACCCUCUCGGUGUACUCUGUACCAGUUUUAUCUGUACCUACUCGUAGUUGAACGACGCCUCGACGUCGCCGCCGUCGUCGUCGUCGUCGUGUCCGUACAGCACUCCCCCACUCCUUGCUGUGCGCUAACCCAGGGCCAGCUUUUUAGUAAAUAACCUGGACGCCGGUCGUCGGAGGCCCACACACUUGCCAAAACCUCCGGCUCGAACUGAAGUCUCUUUGGCACCUUAGGGGGGUACGACACACACGAGAGAGAAAUAACCGAAAUUUCUCCCAAACGGCCUAAGAGAUUUCUCCCUUAGCAAAGUGUCAAACACACUAAAGUCCAGUUCAGUCCAGGCCACUGCCGUACUAACGUCAAAACCAAACAAUUGUCACUGGACAAUUUGUUUUGAUUUUGCUAGCGGUUGGGUUUUAGGCCUAAAAAAGUUUUGAUCCAUUUUCCCAUGUCCAGUUGAGAGACCAAAAGUGACUCACAAAGUCCAGGCGACUUGGAAGAAGAAGAAGAAGAAAGUGACGUAACAUUUUUCGUAAAUUUGCCGACGGGCAAAUCGGUCCGCCGUGUCCGCACAACAACGUCGAAGAAAUUUCUGGUCCCCGAGUGUUGAGUCCUGAGAUUCGAUCGGUUGAAAACAUUUUUUUUAAAUUGCCGUCGGUCGGCGUCGUUUGAUUGGCGUCGUGUUUGUGCGAGUUGCUUUUUGGCGGUUGGGUUUGUUGCGCUGGCCAGUAGUAGCAUUCUGGAGGUGUUGGCAUCUAACCUGCAGCCCCUGAGCCACGCCACGGACGGCCUAGACGAUUUCCAGCUGGCUGUCGGCUUGCUGGCCUAUCAGUUGGCUUGUGCCGGCCCGGCCGAGGCCGGUCCCGGACCACCAUCCACAGCGCAGACGGCCGCUGCAGCCGCCGUCACAGUCACUAGCGGCUCGGCGUCGGGCAAUCAGCCACCGGCCGUCCAAUCGCUCCCGCUCGGCGCUCUGUCGGCCGGUCCUCAUCAGCACCACUCGUCUUCUCUCCACCAUCACCACCACAGCCACCACGGUCACGGUCACGGCCACCACCACCACGUCUCUCUGUCGCAUCCGCUGAGUCUCUCGGUCGGCCACCACGGCAGCGUCGUGAGCAGCGGCAGCAGUAGCAGUUCCAGCAGCAGUAGCAGUUCCAGCAGUUCCAGUAGCAGUUCCAGCUCGAGCAGCAGCAUGGCAGAAGUCAGCGUCAGGCCGGCUCCUCCUCCUCCGCCAGCGGGACCACCAUCGGUCACGCCGACCCAGCAGCUGCAACAACCUCAACAACAACAGCAACAGCAACAACAACAGCAAUUGCAACAGCAAUUGCAGCAGACGGUCAGCAACGCCAUCGCCACGGCACACAAAAUGAACAUUGGCAGCGGCGGUUUGAGCGGCCUGGCCGGCCACUUGGCCGGCCUGGGCAGCAUCAACAACGGCACGGGCGACAUCAUCGACAUUUGGCCUUCGUCUUCGCCCAGCUCCCUCCAGCAACAACAGCAACAGCAACAACAACAACAACCCAAUUCGGCCACCGCAACGGCGGCGGCUCUCAAUUUGCUCUCGACGUCGACGGCCUCAACGCGGACGACGUCCUCCGUCACUCACGAUCCAUCCAUGAUGGAGAAACUCGUCCAAGAUCUUCAGUCGAAAUUACCACCGCGCAGUUUCCCUUUCUUUGACGACCGCUGGAAGAUGGAGCAACUCUGGAAGAUUUUCAUGGCGAAAUCGGCGAUGCAGAUGCACGCCCGCGACGCCCACCGGAGCGAAACGAAGCCGCACCAGUGCCAGCAGUGUCUCAAGUCGUUUUCGUCCAACCACCAGCUGGUCCAGCACAUCCGCGUCCACACGGGCGAAAAACCCUACCGCUGCUCCUACUGCGACCGACGCUUCAAGCAGCUCAGCCACGUCCAGCAGCACACCCGCCUCCACACAGGUGAACGACCGUAUCGUUGUCAUGUGCCGGAAUGCGGACGAGCCUUUAUCCAGCUGUCGAAUUUGCAGCAGCACCUCCGCAAUCACGACGCCCAGCUGGAACGUGCCAAGAACCGGCCGUUUCAGUGCGCCAUCUGCGGCAAAGGAUUCGCCACCGAGUCCUCACUCCGCACCCACACGGCCAAGUCGAAAAAAAAUCCUUGCGGUUCCAAUAAUUCUCCGCUGGACCAACACGCGGCCCUGAUUGGCGGACCCAACACGACCUGCUGUUCCUUGUGUCACAAGCUCUUCCUCGGCAACGAGGCACUCAUGGAACACAUGAAGCACGUCCACAAAGACGUCGUCGCCGCCGCUUCGGCCGGAACGUCCUCCAUGACCGGCGAAGGAUCGGGUGCGACUAGCGAAAGUUCGGCGGGAUCUUCUCUGCUGAUGCCGCACCAGCACAGUCUCCUUCCAUCGCUGGCCCAUCACGUCCAGCAGCAGCAGCAACAACAGCAGUCGGCGGCGGCUGCGGCGUCUGUAUCGUCGCUCCUGGCCUCGCAACAACACCAACACCAGCAACAACAAUCGAACGCACAGCAGCAACAGCAGCAGAUCAGCAGCAACAACAGUUUAGCGUCGUCGCUGAGCGGCCUGGGCGUCGCCUCGGACGUCAUCAACGGACUGGGUAGUCUGACGGGCGGCGUUGGCGGCGGCUGGGCCGUUUCGGCGCCUCCGCCGAGCGCCGUCAAGCGCCGGGCGCCGACCCACGCUUGUCCAGUCUGCGGCAAGCACUACGUCAACGAGGGCAGCUUGCGCAAACAUCUGGCCGCUCACCCGGAGACGGCCCACAUCACCUCUGCCCUGCGCAUGUGGCCGUGCUCCAUCUGCCCGGCCGUUUUCCCACACGAAACCGGUUUACUCACUCACAUGGAACAAAUGCGGAUGGAACCCAAACAUCAAUUUGCCGCCCAGUACAUGCUGUCCAGGGCGGCGGCCGAGCGGCGAUUCCGCGAUCGCGGAGACUCGCCGGGUCCGGGACCCUCGGCCGGUGGUCCCACCAGUCAUCACUCUGACGCCGAUUCCGGACACGGACCCGGAGGGGCCAUUGAAACGGCGUCGGCGGGACCUGGGGCCAGUCCGGCCACUGCGGCCGCUGUGGCGGCAGCAGCAGCUCCUAGUCCCGCAACGGCACCGCCUUCCUCUCACGGCGGAGUCAUGAACAACAACAACAACCGACUGACGAGUCCCAGCAGCUCGUUGGGGCGGACGGGCACGGGAUCGGCCAUGGGUUUGGGUUCGCAGUCUGUGGGUUUCGGACAGGGAGCGGCCAUGACGGUCCAGCAACUCAACGACGCCAUGCAGCAGCAGCAACAAGGAGCCAACGGCAACAACGGCCCGGUCGACAUGGAACAGGACGACUCUUCCAGUGCGGCGCUGACGGCCGAAGAGGCGGCCGUGGCCCGUCGCCUCCAAGCGGCCGGAGUGGAAGCCGUUUUGAGAUUGGCCGCCGCUUCGGCGUCGGGCGCCCACGGCCACGGCGGUGGCAUCCACCACUCGUCGUCCUCUGUCGGCUACACGGACUCGCGGCUGGAACAGGCCAUCCGGCUGCACCAAGCCCUGGGUUUCGCCCUGCCCGGCCAGCCGCACCCCGCCCUUCACCUCCACCAGCAGCAGAUUCAGUUCCAGCAGCAGCAACAACAGCAACAGCAGCAGCAACAACAGCAGCAGCAGCAACAACAACACCACCAACAGCAGCAGCACCACCAGCAGCAGAGUCUGCAGCAACAGCAGCAACAACAGUCGCAACACCACCUGGUCGGCCAGCACCUCUCGUCGCAGGCCGCCUACCACCAGCACCAGCAGGCCAGCCAACAUCACUUGCAACAGCAGCAACAACACCAACAAACUCCGCAUUGACACUCUGGUCAAAUGGCGGGCUAGUAGGUAGAGAUCGGAUGAUGAUGAUGGAUGGACAAAGCCUUGAAAUUUAACCCAAUUAUAUAUAACCACACACACACACACGUUAAUACGUAAAUUCACGGCCUCUUUAUAUCAGAGAGAACGGGGUGAAAAGUGAAGAUUGGCCUACGCCCGUCAUUAUAGAAUGUUGAGGCCUCAACGAUUCAACCCAUUGAGGAUUCGAUGAAAUUCCUAUCAUGUAUCAUAGACUAUUAUAUAACCAAUUGAUCGGCGUGUUGUAUGACAACUGACGGAAGCACAAAAUUCAGAAAAAAGAAAAGAGGAAAAAGAGUCUCGCGCGUCAAAUUAUCUCCAAGUUGCUGUUUUUAUUCAAAUUGUUGUGUUCGUUUUGAUGAUUUUCCUUUUUACAACCAAAAAAGUAAAAGAAAAUCAAAUAACUCAAAACCCAAUCCUGCACGGUUCAAUGUCCCUGUGUGUCGAGUGUCGUUUUUAUCUUUCUUUCUAAAGAAAACAAAAUGGGGUAUUUAAAAAAAAAAACUAAAUUUUUAAUGAAAUAAGAGAUGAUGAUAAUUUUGAAAAAUUUUUGUUUCGCGGUAAAACUCUCACGUUCGUCGCGCCUUGACUCAAAGUGUCUCUCAUCCCCGACUGUUUUUCCUCCGUUCGUUUGUGUCUAUGUGUGUGUGUGUGUUAUCACCAAUCAAUUCCCGCGUGUGCUCUCUGCUGUGUCGAGUGUUUGUGUUUGGAGCGUCGGCGAGAAAGAGAGAGAGAGAGAGCUGAAAUAGCGGAUGAAAUCCACGCUCUCUUCUUGUUUCUUUGCUCUCCGCAAAUCAAAUAAAGCAAAUGAGAGUUAGAAGAACAAAUUGUCGAGAACAAGAACGUGUCUGCGACCACAUCCAGCAGCUCUUUUAUAUACGUGUGUGUGUUUGUUUCUCAGUCGGUCGGUUAUUUUCACAUUUCUUUUUCUCAGAAAAAUCGAAAACGAAUCGCCGAGCGCUGUGGUUUUCAAAAACAAUGUUAUGUUUUAUUAUAUAACUAAAUACUUGUACCUACCGGGGGCUAUCCGAUCAUGUCAUUUUCUGGGGUCAAUCUCAGUCUCUCUCACUCUUAACUGUCUCGUCUCUUUCUCUCUUAUUGCGUCAUCUACAGUUAUUAUGUAUAUUAAUUACCAUGCGGCGUUAUAGUUAAGGAUUUUUCUUUUUUUCAUCUCGGACGAUCCCAACGGUUUCAAUCUUCUCUCCCCCACGACAAAAACCGGUUUUUUUUUUUCCAACAAGGGGAAAUUUCUCUCUCGACUCAAAAAAUAACAAAUCUAAAAAUUUCGGCUCACUAAUGGGACAUCCAAUCCAUCAGGCAAAAAUGUUGACAACCAAUGCGUAAAGACGGGUCUCUUUUGUUUUGUUUCUAGCUCCUUUGUAGUAGAACCAAACACAAAACUUCUUGUUCAUUGAUUAUUUAUUUUUUUGCCUACAGAGUAGUACAGAGACGUUUUUUUUUUUAAACUUGUUGACGAGCGGAAGGAAGAGAUAUAAGUCGUGUUCUGUUAUUAUUAUUAUUAUUAUGAACUACUAUUAUGAAUUUUCUGAUUUCUUUUUAUAUGAACAGUAUAUAAUAUCGAAUAAGUCUUUCUCUCCUGCCCACACACACACACACACACACACACACAUAAUAACAGUCUGUUAAUUUUGGUUAAAAUCCUACCCCGAUACCGAUCCAGAUAUUAUCAAGCCGUGAAGAGAUCGUGCUCCCUCCUCCGGCACCUUUUUUUUCCCGUUUAAUUUCAAUUUUUCGCCGCCCAAUCUUUUUUUAUUCAUCCGAGACAAUCAUGGAAGUCGAGGAUUUGUUAACACAGACACAACAGAAACCAUUUCGGAUUUUGAAAAAAAGAAAAAUUCCUCCCGGUGACGCUUUUAUAACUCUCGGAAUCAUUUUCUUUUUUAGAGCGGAUCUCAAAUUUCCUUUUUUUAAAAUAUAACGCCCAAUUAUUUUUACGUUUUUUUUUUUUUUCAAGUCUCCCGGUAAAGUUCUACGUACACAUCUAUAUAUAUAAUACCCAGGCCAAAAAAGAAAAAAGAAAAAAAAAGAAAUCAAUAUGUAAAAUACUUGGAUUUAAAGCUUUUCUCAUACGUCAUUCGUUCGGAUAUGACGGCUCUAUCUCUCUCUUACUCGCAUUUUCGUCGUAUAUAAUAUAAUACUAUACUGUAAAAUUCAAAAAUACUCCUCCCUCGCCCCCUUUUUCACUCAAAAAUAUUGUGUAUGUCUUCAUGUUUGAUGAUACAAAAAUUGAUUUUAUAUUUCACCACCCAUCCAAUCCGGUGAUUGAUGGCUACCCAAAAAUACGUCGCGCGUGCGCCAUUGAUUUCUGAAAAGUCUAAAAUGCGAUUCUCUUUUUUUUUCUCUCUUUCUCCCCCUGGACUCUCUCUCAAAUGUUUGACAACAACAACAAAAAAAGACACACAAUUCGUGCGAGCUUGAAGCUGGAUCUCGAUGGUGUAACUGAGUGAUUGUGUAUGUAAAUGACGUGCUAAAAAGCAAACUAAAGCCGAGACAAAAACUUAAAAAAAAACAAAAAAACAAAAAAAUUAAACAAAAAUGUCGGUCCCGUUAUUAUAAAUAUACAAAAACAGAAAAGCCUGUUGCCAUGCUCUUGGAAGGAGACAAAAAACCAAUGUUCACACACACAUUUUUCAUUGGGAAAAUGGAAAA